UUUCCUCUCUCCUCCCCUCAGCACUACAGGGACAAACUUUCACACAGCUAAUCUAAACCUAGCAGCAGCUCCUGAUUCCAGGAAAAGCUCAAAGCGUUUUUACCUCCAGAAGUUUGGAGCUUGCAGAGUUAGCAUGCCCCACAGCUUGUCCAUGGACUUGGAGAAAAAGGAGAAGCGGUACUGCAUUCGAGGCAAACAUGCGGCCAUCAUCUGUGCAGUGGUGGUGGUUUGCUCCUUGGCUGUUGGUUUAGGGGUUGGACUCACUAGACCCUCCUCCUCCACUCCAGAAUCCACACCAGCCCCAACUGGAGCCCCAACUGGAGCCCCAACAGAGCCCCCUCCUUCUGACAGGGGGCCCUGUCUGGCUUCGUCAAACUCCAGCGGGGACUGGAAAAACUUCCGUCUGCCCGAUUACGUGAAGCCGAUCCACUACGACCUGCACCUGGAGCCAAACCUGGUGGAUGACACCUACACGGGCACAGUGGACAUCCAGGUGGAGGUGAGUAGACCCACCCGCCACCUGUGGCUGCACAUCAGGGAGACGUUCGUCAGCGCCAAGCCCAGGCUGAAGGUGCAGGACAGCCACGGGGUGCAGAGGGAGGUGGAGGUCAGCCACUGCUUCGAAUACAAACCUGAGCAGUAUGUGGUGGUGGAGGCCGCGGAGGAGCUGCCCGCCACAGGAGAGGUUUACGUGCUCAGUCUGGACUUCCAGGGCUGGCUCAACGGAUCGGUGGUGGGGUUCUACAGGGUCGUCUACACAGAGGAGGGGAAGACCAAGAAGAUUGCUGCAACUGAUCACGAGCCGACAGAUGCCCGGAAAUCAUUCCCCUGCUUCGACGAACCAAACAAGAAAGCCACCUAUAAAAUCUCCAUCACUCAUGACAAAAACUACGGCGCUCUUUCCAACAUGCCACCAGAGGGUUCUCCUGAAGAACUGCCAGGCAAUAAACUAAAAACCACCUUCCAGAAAUCCAUUCCAAUGAGCACCUACUUGGUUUGUUUUGCUGUCCACCAGUUUGAUUAUGUGGAAAGAACCUCUGCCAGCAACAUUCCUUUGAGGAUCUACGCCCAGCCCAGCCAGUUAAAAACUGCAGAAUACGCAGCAAACGUGACGAAGGUCAUCUUUGAUUACUUUGAGGAGUAUUUCGACAUGUCGUACUCCAUCUCCAAACUGGAUAAAAUAGCCAUCCCUGACUUCGGUACCGGUGCCAUGGAGAACUGGGGCCUCAUCACCUACAGGGAGACCAACCUGCUGUAUGACGACAAAGAGUCAUCCUCCUCCAACAAGCAGCGAGUGGCGAGCGUUAUCGCCCAUGAACUGGUUCACCAGUGGUUUGGUAACAUCGUCACCAUGGAUUGGUGGGACGACCUCUGGCUCAACGAAGGCUUCGCCAGUUUCUUUGAGUACAUCGGCGUUGAAGAGGCCGAGCCGACCUGGGACAUGAGAGACAUCAUGAUCAUCAGUGACGUGCUUCCUGUCAUGGUGGACGACGCCCUCGUUUCCUCUCAUCCAAUCAUCGUGGACGUUUCGAGCCCGGCGGAAAUCACCUCUGUGUUUGAUGCCAUCUCCUACAGCAAGGGAGCUUCUGUUCUCCGCAUGCUGGAGGACUGGAUGGGAAGGGAUUCAUUCAGAGACGGCUGCAGAAAAUAUUUAAAGGACUUCAACUUCAAGAACGCCAAAACGGCCAACUUCUGGGCUUCUCUGGCUGAAGUGAGCAACUUACCUGUUGCAGAGGUGAUGGACACCUGGACCAAACAGAUGGGCUAUCCGGUCGUAGAUGUCACCAUCUCAGAGUCAAACGCCAAACUGACCCAGAAGCGUUUCCUCCUGGACCCCUCGGCCGACCCCAGCCAGCCUUACUCACCUUUCCAAUACAAGUGGACCAUUCCUGUCAAAUGGUACUCCGUGAAAAGCAACAAGACAGAGGAGACGAUGUUUAACAAGAGCACUGCCGAACAUGCCAUCAUCGACUAUUCGCCCUCAGCAGACGGAUUGCUGAAGAUAAAUAACGACCAUAUUGGGUUCUACAGAGUCAACCAUGAAGACAGCAUGUGGACUGUAAUCAGUCAGCAGCUCCAGGACAACCACACGACCUUUGAUGCAGCCGACCGAACGAGUUUCAUUGAUGACGUUUUUGCUCUGGCGAGGGCUGAUAUUGUCGAUUAUGGUAACGCCUUCAAUCUCACAAAGUACCUGAGUGAAGAGUCGGAGUACAUCGUUUGGAGUCGUGUGGCUUCAUCCAUCGCCUACGUUCGGGACAUGUUGUCCAACAACAAAGUUAUCUACAAAAAGUUUCAGAAACUGUUUGGUGAACUGGUUAGACCAAUUGCAACACAACUCGGGUGGACAGAUGAGGGCACACAAACGGAGAGGUUGCUGAGGGAAACUGUCCUCAACAUUGCAUGUCAGAUGGAAGAUGCAGCCGCACUGAAAGAAGCAUCAGAUAUUUUUAAACUGUGGAUCAACCAAACUCAGAGCAGCGUCCCGGUGAACCUGAGGCUGCUGGUGUACCGCUACGGCAUGAAGAAGUCCGGCAGUCCGGAGCACUGGAACCAGAUGUUCCAGAGGUACAAAGACUCGACUCUGGCUCAGGAGAAGGACAAGCUUCUGUAUGGACUGGCAUCGGUGGAGGACACGGACCUUCUGCACACGCUCCUGGAGGCCACCAAAAAUGAAACUGUGAUGAAGAGUCAGGAUCUGUUCACUGUGGUGCGGUACGUGUCGUACAACCCACUGGGUCGGACCAUGGCCUGGGACUGGACCACGUCGAACUGGGACUAUCUGGUCAAUAGAUACACCAUCAACGACAGGAACCUCGGCCGGCUGCCCAGUCAGAUCACAACCACCUACAACACCGAGGCGCAGCUGUUGCAGAUGGAGAAUUUCUUCAAUCUGACUUCAGACGCUGGAGCCGGAGAAAUGCCCAGGAAGCAGGCGCUGGAGACGGUGAGGAACAACAUCGAGUGGAUCCAGAAGAACGAGGCCGAGAUCCAAGCGUGGCUCGGGAGCAAUGUGUCCUAGAACCAGAACCAGAACCAGAACCCAGUUCGCUGAAGCUUAGAAAAUGUACCCCCGGUGGAACAAAGACAGUAGUUUUUGAUUCUGCACUCAGAAAAUUGGGAGAAUACUCAUUACAUGCCCUUAUUUAUAAUUCUGGUUUUAAGAGAUCCUGUUAGAAUGUGUAUUUAUAAUCAGAAUCACUUCAGGAACAUGGAGCUUAAUAAAAAAUAUUUUUAUUAAUAAUCA